AUGACCGAACCUCCCAAAAUCACAGUCAAGAACCCCAUUGUUGAAAUGGAUGGUGACGAGAUGACUCGUAUCAUUUGGAAAUUCAUCAAGGACAAGUUGAUCUUGCCAUACUUGGACAUUGACUUGAAGUACUAUGACUUGGGAAUCGAAUAUAGAGACGAGACCGAUGAUAAAGUCACUACAGAUGCAGCUGAGGCCAUUUUGAAAUACGGCGUUGGUGUCAAGUGCGCUACAAUCACCCCUGACGAGCAACGUGUUGAAGAAUUCAAGUUGAAAAAAAUGUGGCUCUCGCCAAAUGGUACUUUGAGAAACAUUCUCGGAGGAACCGUUUUCAGAGAACCCAUUGUGAUUGAAAAUAUCCCCAGAAUUGUGCCUGCGUGGGAAAAACCCAUCAUUAUUGGAAGACACGCGUUUGGUGACCAAUACAAAGCAACCGACAUUGUCGUGCCCUCGGCUGGCGAGUUGAAACUAGUGUUUACCCCCAAAGACGGCAGCGGCGAAGUUGUCGAAUACCCCGUUUAUAACUUUCAAGGUCCGGGAGUCGGCAUGUCGAUGUACAACACCGAUGAGUCGAUCACCGAUUUUGCCGAAAGCUCGUUUCAAAUGGCAAUUGACCGUAAAUUGAACUUGUUCUCGUCGACCAAAAACACCAUUUUGAAAAAAUACGAUGGCAGAUUCAAAGACAUCUUUGAAGGCUUGUAUGCUACAAAAUACAAGACCAAGAUGGACCAAUUGGGCAUCUGGUAUGAGCACAGAUUGAUCGAUGACAUGGUGGCACAAAUGUUGAAAUCGAAAGGUGGCUACAUCAUUGCCAUGAAAAACUACGACGGUGAUGUGCAAUCCGACAUAGUUGCCCAAGGCUUCGGCUCGCUUGGGUUGAUGACCUCGGUGUUGGUUACCCCCGAUGGCAAGGCUUUUGAGUCGGAAGCUGCUCACGGUACAGUCACAAGACACUACAGACAACACCAACAAGGUAAAGAAACCUCGACAAACUCGAUUGCUUCGAUUUUUGCCUGGACUCGAGGUUUGAUCCAAAGAGGUAAAUUGGACGAUACCCCCGAAGUCGUUGAGUUUGCCCAAGCAUUGGAAAAAGCCGUUAUUGACACCGUAGCAAUCGACGGCAAAAUGACCAAAGAUUUGGCUUUGGCUCAGGGCAAGACCGCUAGGUCAAGCUAUGUCACCACGGAAGAAUUCAUUGACGAUGUUGCUUCUCGUUUGAACAAGAACUUGGGACGUUAA